GCGAACAUCUGGGUGGACGAAUUAGGCAAUGCUGCCAAGGCACGGUUUAGAGGACAAGGUCUCAGGUCAAUCUGAUCUACCUCGUCACGUGGUACACCAUUGAGAUGCACCGAGAAACAUUACUGUAUUCCUUUAUCAUGCUGCAUGUCGAUGCAGACGGCGACGGCCAACUUUCAGAAGAGGAACGGGCGAUAUUGACUGCGGGGUUGGAUGCUUCUGGGGUCACGCGCAUACCAGCUGGUGAUCGGUCAAGCAAGAACGCGGAAUUCGUUCGCCCAGAAUCUAGAGGCCGCGGGACUCGAGAGUCCCAGGGAGACAGAAUACAUUGGCUUGCGGUGGAUGGAUAC